AUGGAUAAACAAUUUGAUUUUCGAGUUCUAUUACUUAAACUUCAAGAUUAUUUAUCAGAUAAUGAUCGAAGACGUCUUCAUUUUAUUGUUGAUGAUACUAUACCAAGACAUUUACGUGAUGAUUCAACACUUGGUGGUACACUUAGUCUUCUUGAAUCACUUUUUGAUCAAGCAAAAAUUAGUGAACAAGAUUUUAAUUAUUUAAUUCGUGCAUUCAAUGAAAAACAUUAUUAUGAAGGUGUUAAACGACUUCAAGAUGUUCUUAUAAUUAGAGAAGGUAUGUUAUAUGGUGAAAGCCUUAGUGGUGAUCAAUUUGAUGAUGCGAUUGCUAAUUCAUUGACUUUAAAUGAUAAAUUGAUGAGUCUUAUUGCAACAUAG